UUCUUUCAUUCCAAAUUCUUGCCGUGUACAGGAUGGACUCGCUUCGUGAUCGACUUGCUGGCAAGCCCUGGACUAUCGUAGGACUACUUGUUGCAUUGGCCGCCGCGUACUUUGUCGUGACUGCUAUACAACAUGUUCUAUUCAGUCCUCUCAAGCAUAUCCCAGGCCCGAGGAUCAACGCUCUUUCCCGGAUCCCAUACAUCCGUCAUAUGCUGGCUGGUACCACGGCCAAAAUGACAGUCGAUCUGCACAAGCAGUAUGGAGAGGUUGUCCGUAUCUCGCCCGACGAGGUGUCCUUCAUAUCCGGAGAGACUGCUUGGGGUGAUAUUUAUGGAUUCAGAACUGGCAAAUUAAAAGGUCAUCUCAAUACGCAAAAGGAUCCAGCGUGGUUUCCGCCGCCUGUGAACGGAGCCCCGAGUAUACUGCUGGCGAAAGAUGAGCAACAUUCGAAAGGAAGAAGACUGCUCUCGAACGCAUUCUCCGAGAAAGCUCUGACCGAGCAAGAGCCUUUGGUCAACAGAUACGUCGAUCAACUGGUUGAUGGCUUGAGGGACACCAUCCGCACGGAGAAGAAACCUGUCGAUAUGGCCCAGUGGUACAAUUGGACAACCUUCGACAUCAUCGCGGAUCUGCUCUUUGGAGAGCCAUUCGGCUGCCUCCAAAACAAAGAAACCCACAAAUACAUCGCAAUGUUGCUCGAAGGUCUAAAGGCUAUACAUUUCACUUACAUCUUCCGAAAGUUCCCUCUCGCGAAGCAUUUCAUGGGCCUGCUCGUGGACAAGAAGACCAUACCAUCCCCAAAUGUCCGUGUGAACUACCAGAAAUGGAUCUCAUCGCAGGUCCAGAAACGUAUCGACAGAGAGACCCAGCGUCCAGACUUCAUGAGCCAUAUUCUGGCCAACAAUGGCGAGAAGGGCUAUGAGAUGAGCAGAGCAGAGCUCGACUCGAAUGCGCAGCUAUUCAUUAAUGCGGGAUCUGAAACGACAGCGACUUUGCUUAGCGGCGCGACCUAUGCGCUUUGCAGGAACCCCCGUGUGCUCGAAAAGCUCAAGAAGGAGGUCCGUGGCCGUUGGAAUAACUAUCACGAUAUUAACGUGGCGGAGGUCAGCAAGGCUCCUUACCUGGCUGCGGUCAUCUCGGAGGCGCUGCGAUACUUCCCUCCUGUGCCCGCUGGCUUCAACCGGAAAAUUCCCGAGGGCGGUGAGGUGGUCUCUGGAUACUACCUGCCCGGAGGCACCUCGACGACAAUCUCCCAGUAUGCUGCAUACCAUUCCGAGAUGAAUUUUAAGGAUCCCGAUGCGUUCAUCCCGGAACGAUGGUUGGACGACCCCAAGUACGCCAACGACAAGCGCUCGGCCUGCCAGCCCUUCAGCUUCGGACCGCGGAACUGCUUGGGCAAGAACCUAGCCUACGCUGAGCUGCGCCUGAUCGUCGCCAAGAUGAUCUGGACGUUCGAUAUGGAGUUGGAUGCUGCGUCGAACGAUUGGCUGGAGCGUUGCCAGGUGUUCACGUUGUGGUGGAAGCCGGCGCUGCUAGUGAAGCUCACCGAGGCUGUGAGGGAUUGA